GGAUAAACAACCCACGUAUAACUCACAGCUCGCAACAUCCGCUCUCUGAGCUCUGCACGCAAAUUCAAAACGAGAGCAACUUGACGAUACUCGGUCUUUCUGGAGUAUUAAACGACAAGAAAUCAAAAUGCCAAGAGCUUUUCUCGUGCGCACGAAGUCUACCGCAGUUUCCAGCGAGGCUUCUCACCAGGGUGUUGAAAAGGGAAAUAAACAAGGAAAACAAAAUUCCUCCGCGCGACAUUAUGAGAUCAAAUGUGGUUCUCCUCUUACAGAGAGAGAUGAAGCGGCAAUCGUCCCACAACAAAUUUCCAAAGAUGACUGUUAUUCACCGAAUACCUCCAACAGCAACACGGACCUCAAAGAUGAAAGUGACACUGAUGAGAAUGGAAAUUACAAGGGAAACCCAGAUGAUGAGUCCAGUUCAGAGGAGGACACAGAUGAUGGGAACAGUAGCCAUGGAAGCCAAUCACAAGGCAGAUACCCAACUUAUUCCUCAGCCAUACCUAUUGGAUCUGGUCUAAGAUUUCUGCAAACAUUCCCCCCUUCCACCGCUAAAGGACAUGAAGGCCCACAUUUGAAAUUCCCACAGUUCCCUCUGUGGAACUGCAGGCAGCAGCCUUACAAAGGACUCGACCCAUUUGCACGGUGGAUGCAGCAAUGGACGGAGAUGAGAAGGCUUCAAAGCGAUCCAUCCGCUGGCUUGUAUCGAUUCUACCAUGCACCUAUGUCCCAGGGAGGACCAAAGUACAAAUUGAACGAUCAAAAAGACGAGGAACUUCAGAAAGAAAAUGGCCACUUAUUAAACGAAAGCGGGGCUGAAUCGAAAGAUAUUGCAAAAGAAGGCAAAGUAAAGAUGCCUGGGUCAGUAACAAGACAGUUGUACAACUGUCAAGUUUGUGAUAAAGUAUUCAACAACUCCAUCAGCUUGAAGCAGCAUAUGAUAGUGCAUUCGAACAAGAAGCCAUUCCAAUGUAGGGUUUGCGGGAAAAGCUUCAAACGCUCCUCGACGUUAUCAACACACAUGUUGAUUCAUUCGGACACGCGUCCGUUUGAGUGUCACUUUUGCGGCAAGAAAUUCCAUCAGAAGUCUGAUAUGAAGAAGCAUACGUACAUCCAUACAGGAGAGAAGCCUCACCAAUGCAAUUUUUGCGGGAAGUCGUUCAGUCAGUCGUCAAAUCUGAUCACACAUUGUCGGAAACACAAAGGCUUUCAACCAUUUUCCUGCGAUGACUGCGGAGUGUCCUUCAUGCGAAAAGUUGAUUUGAGAAGACAUAUGUACAUCCACGAACUGGAAAAUUAAAACGUUUUUCUUAUGGUUUUUUUUUUAUUUUUCAACACUACCUUCCACAUGUCGUUGAAACUCUGUAAAUGCACCCUUUCCCAUUUCAUAUGACACUAAGCUAGGGUUUUCUAUUUUGAUCAAUAUCAAAAAAAAUUAUGAUAUAGCCAGCUGCAAAGAGGCGAACAUAACAUCGCUGAAACUGUAAAAACGAGCAGUUAUUUCUUGAUGCAGCCGCGCCAUAAGAAAAAAGUUUCCUUCGUUUGAGACUGAACCCAAUAUCUUCGUUCCAGAGCAAUGUCAGUUGUUCCCUUGAUUAUAAUUGGCUUUCUUCAGUUCUGAUAAAGUGCAUCGAAAAUUUAUUUUUACUUCAGUAGCCUUGGCUUCUCAGAGAUACUAUACCAUUAAGAACACGAGAAACGUAAAAUUGACCAUCAAAGAAACAUUAGAAAGAGAAACGUGCAAGCAUUCCUUCAUGUUAGUAUUGCACCAUAUGGGGACAAUAAAAGACCCAGAUACGUAAGCAGGGACACUUAGAACAACAUUAUCAGAAUUUUAUCCUUGACUAAGUAGCUUAUUUGUAGAGAAAAUUUAUAUCAUAGAAGCAAAUAAAGAAGGAAUGUAAAUAAUUUUUCUCAUUAAGAUGCUACGAUGUCCCUAGUGAAGGACAGCUUACAAUCUAUUAAGCCUAAAUUCAUUGUAUUCUGAGCUGCAUAUCUUUUAAACAGUCCAAAAGUAAAAAUAUCUAUAUCAGUGUUAGUAAUUUGACAAUGUUAAGGAGAAUUAGAGAUUUUUUCUUCCAAAGUCGUUUUAAGAUAUUAUUUAUUAAUACAACAAUUUAGAUAAAUUUAGCUAAAAUUGUAUAAUAUAUGUCUGAACGUAAAUCCAUGAUGAUUGUAUAGGUGUAAAUAGAUAAACAAUUCUCAGUAAAACCGACUUGAAGUCAGUUUUAUUUCUCUCUUAGCCGCUUUUGUACCACCGGCUAAAAUCGUAAGAUUUUUGUAAAACUCUUCGAUAUAUUACGUUUGGAAGUUUAUUUCUCUCAGUAGUCCUAAAGCAGUGCAGUUCAGUAAAAAACUGUUUUUAGCUUUGAUUUAAAUACUCAGUGCUUUUAUCAUUUAUAAGUGUAUCCAGUGCAAAAAAAAAAUGAAUUUUACCUAUUUAUACUGUUAUAUUACUGCUUUAGGGACAAUACUUGUAUAGACUUUGGUUUUAUAGACAAGCAACAUAUUUUCACUUAUACUAAACUUACAAGCCUAUUCCAAAUGUAAGCGAACUUGAUACAAAAUAAUUGUAUGUUAAGUGCUUCGCGAUUUUUCGUUUGAAGCACUGCAUGCGAAUCUUUUCAGUUUAUAGCCUCGAAUGAUUUAAGUUUCUUGUCACAAUCGCAUUUUUACAAGACUUUUAUGGCCAUUGCUACAUUUUCGUUACGAAUAUUUGCAUACAUAAAAAAAUUACGCAACCCAAACAACCGUUUACAUUGUUCUUCUGAUAGAAAUUGGCUGUAAAACCCACAAAUAAAAAAUGUACCAACAUAAUA